GUGGUUGGUUCUAGCUAUUGCCAUGGUACGUUUUUACAUGGAAAAAGGAACACACAGAGGUUUAUAUAAAAGUAUUCAGAAGACACUUAAAUUUUUCCAAACAUUUGCCUUGCUUGAGAUAGUCCACUGUUUAAUUGGAAUUGUACCUACUUCUGUGCUUGUGACUGGGGUCCAAGUGAGUUCAAGAAUCUUUAUGGUGUGGCUGGUUACUCACAGUAUAAAACCGGUCCAGAAUGAGGAGAGUGUGGUGCUUUUUCUGGUCUCGUGGACGGUGACUGAGAUCACUCGCUAUUCCUUCUACACAUUCAGCCUUCUCGACCACUUGCCGUACUUCAUUAAAUGGGCCAGAUAUAAUUUUUUUAUCAUCUUAUAUCCCGUUGGAGUUGCUGGUGAACUUCUCACAAUAUACGCUGCCUUGCCAUAUGUGAAGAAAACAGGAAUGUUUUCAAUAAGACUUCCUAACAAAUACAAUGUCUCUUUUGACUACUACUAUUUUCUUCUUAUAACCAUGGCUUCAUAUAUACCGUUGUUUCCACAGCUCUAUUUUCACAUGUUACGUCAAAGAAGAAAGGUGCUUCAUGGAGAGGUGAUCGUAGAAAAAGAUGAUUAAAGAUCCCUACAAACAAGGUGCUUUUUCCAGAAUAACCAGGAUUACUUGAGUCCAAGUUUUAAUAACAAGAAUAAAAAACUCCAUGAAAGAUCACAGAUCGUAUUGUUUCUUAAAAUAUAAUUCAAAACACAUGGUGUUUACCAAUGUUUGUCUUCAUAUUGUGUCAUGUCUGUUUUUUUAUAAAAACUGUGCCACUAUUAUCAACUCUUGGGUAGGUCGCGAUCAUUUAGAAAAUAAUUGGAUGUAAUAUGUGGGGGGAAAAUUGUGUUAGUUUCAGUUAAUUUUUGGCAACAUAUGCUCAAGGCUUUUAAAAUCAAUGUUUAGAAAUUAAUUUAAUAACAAUAUUGUGACACCUGCCAGUGAUAUUUAUGUGAUACUUAUAGAUGAAAAUAGAAAAUUACAAUAACUUGCUGAUAUGUUGAAACCCACAAUCUAUUUUUCAAAUUAUAAGCCAGGAUUUAUGAUAAAUAACAAUAUUUGAAAGUGAAUAAUUUGCUGUAGUAAUACUUUUACUAUAAAAUAGCAGGAUAAACCAAAAAUAUUUAAGAUGUCACAAUGUGUUUUUUUUUUUUUUUUCUGGAAAUA